AAACUCUUUACCUCCCCCGAUUGCUAAAUAAGCUGCGAUGGAGUGUUAGUUUUCCCGAAGUAUCGUAAAGGUGUAUUUCUGAAAACAUCUCACUUUCAUAAGGAAAAAACAGGUUCUUACCCUUCCCUCUGAAUGCUAUUUUUUGACUUAAUAAUAUUGCAUAAAAUCUAAAAAUACUCUAUAGAUGAGUUUCAAAUUGACAGACAAAAAAAUGCAGACCUUUUAGGAGGAAACUUUUCUACUGGUGGCUACUAGCAUCUUCUCACUGAUAAAUGAUCUGAAUCUAAACUACAUGCAAACUAUAUUCUAAUUUAAAGAUCAAAAGAUAGAUAGAUGUGCUUAUUUUACAUGGCUGGCCUCACAAAUAUCAAAGGAUUUUUUCACUUACAUGGCUUGGGUUAACCCGGGGCUAUGGUAACAUUCACUCGCCCAUAUUGAAUCGCUGCCAAGGGAAUUCGAAAUCCGAAUAUGUUGCUACCUACAAUAAAGUCUGAAAUGGUCCAUGGCUUACUGGCUGCACUAUUUUGGCUGUUGAUUUGUUUAAGAGGUCUGGGGAUUAUAACAACACGCGUCACAAUGAAAUCAUCUAUAGUGGCAGCGUUCUGCGUUGCUACACAAGAAAUGUUGGUUGCAAAAUAAAACAGUUCCUUCUCAACAUACCCUUCCAUGUCCGCAAUGUCAAUGUAUAGCAUGCAACUACUAAGAUUUUGGAAGUACUAACACAAAGGCAUGCAUGAUAGCUCUUACCUGGCCUGUGUUCUUAUCUUAGAAUUUCUCGUCCAUGUGUCCAAAUCGCUAAAAUAUACAAAAAUUGGGGUACAAUAUUAAAAAUAUUAGAUUAUUAUAAUAUUGUUUUUACAUGUUAAAAUUAUCCCUGUACGCAACAUGAAUUAGUAUGUAUUAAAACAAAAAAGUUUAAAAAGUUCUCAAAUUCAAAUCAAAUUUCAGAACUCACCCACCCACAAACAUCCAAUUGACGUUCUCUUGUCAACUUGAGUAUAGGCUGCUUCUGUGAAAGGGAGUCUGUAAUUUGAAUAAAAAGUUAGUUAUUAACUUAUCUGCUUUAUUGGCUCUGUUUGAAUUUCUGGCAAACACAACCUCUAAAGCUUUCUUGUAAAAAUGUUUUUCUUCAUGAGUAGUGAUAAACAGGAUGCGGAUUGGUUUCUUGCGGACAUGUUUUGGUUGCUGUGAAUUAAGAACUGGUGUGAUCAUCAUAGCUAUUGUUGAUUUGAUAUUUGGUCUGUAUAACAUUAUUGACUUUGCUGUGAGAGUGUACCUUGACGUACACAGGCAUACACAAAAAGAAAUUCAGAGCAACUCAACAUCUCUUUUGCCUGUCCUUCACAAUGUGACGCAGUUUCACAACACCACAAAACUUAUUACCUCAAAAAAAGACAAACAUGGAGCUCUUUAUGAUGAUUCAGCAUUUGCUGUUAUUGUGGUUGGGUGUAUUGAUUUGUUUAUUUCAUCCUUUUUGUUGUUUGUUGCAAUAUUACGUAAAUAUGAGUUGCGCGUUAUUGUUUUCGUAGCUGGUGUUUGGGGUUUUGUUAUGGCUUUUCUUGACAUAGUUUCAUUUGGUAUAUCAAUUGCAUUGAAGUUGUAUGUAGAAAUGGCAUUUUUUGGUAUUUUUGGUUUUCUGGAAAUAAUAUUUGGCUAUGUUAUUUUAUCAUAUUUCAAAUUUAUGACCGUUGUUGUGGAACGUGGUUUGGAUGAUAUAAAUAUGUCGUAUUAUCCAGAAGAUCCCACCACUGACUUCUCAGAAGUACAGAUGGAUGAAGCCGUUGAUGAAAGGCCUAUUAUGGAUGAUCAGGACGAUUUUCCAAUGCAUGGUGAUGACAGCAGGAUUGUUCUAACAUAACAGGGAGCAUGGAUCCAGCUAACAUGUAGCCUAAGAACCUAACUGGUUGCUUGGGAGCCAUAACAGGUAGCGUGGGAGCCAUGAGAAAUAGUACUUAUUUUUAUUUUAUUUAUUUUCUUACGUUUUAUUGCUGCAUGUUAUUUACGUACGUUUGCAUUUUGUUUUUUAUUUAUUUUAGCGGUAGGUUUCAAAAUUUCAUUGUUAAAACUUCCAUCAGCAGAUGUUAUGAUUACCUCUUUACAUUUUUAAUUAAUACAUAGUUUUGUAACAAAAGGUUCUUAUUGUACAUUUACGACAUUUUGUAAGUGUUGCAAAACGGUAUUUUCAGUAGUUGAUCUAGGUUGACUUCUCUGUCAGUUAUACUAAUUUAGAAGAAUAUUUCAGUAUAUUCUUCAAGCAAUUUGAAAAAUCUUUAGCUCUAAAAAUAGAAGCUACUGAUAUUCACCUUCUUAUUUCCAAAAUUAUUUUAUGAAUCAACCUUUGGACAUAUAAAUUAACUUCCCAGUGCAUGUUGUGUUGUAACACCUUGAUAGUGAUCUGUUUAACAUGUGUAUUGUUUGAUUUGUUUUUAUUUGAAUUUUGCUGCAUGGAAUUUUAGUUUUUAAAUUUAUU